AUGAACGCGACACGUUGCGUCUUGGCUUUGUUGCUCUGCCUCACCCAGGCUAUGUCUGGCUGCUACGGCCAGGGCACACUCAUUGAAGAAAUAGAAAACCUGAAGGAAUAUUUUAACUCAAGUAGCUUAGAUGUCGGGAAUGGAGGGGACCUCCUCUUUAAUAUCUUGAUGAACUGGCAGAAGGACGGUGACACAAAAAUUAUUGAGAGCCAGAUUGUCUCCUUUUACUUCAAACUCUUUGAAGCCCUGAAGGGCAACCAGGCCAUCCAGAGGAGCAUAGACACCAUCAAGGCAGACCUGUUUGUUAAAUUCUUCAACAGCAGUAUGGAGAAACUCAAUGACUUCGUGAAGCUCACGAAGAUUCCGGUAAAUGACCCCCAGGUCCAGCGCAAAGCCAUCAAUGAACUCCUGAGUGUGAUGCCCCACCUGUCACCAAAACUUAGCCUAAGGAAACGGAAAAGGAGCCGGUGCUGUUUCGGGGGUGGAAAUCGUCCCGUUAAGAAUAACCCUGCCAGCAGCGCUAUUUGAAUUUUAAAUCUUAAACUUAUUUAUUAAUAUUUAACAUUAUUUAUAUGGAAAGUAUAUUUUUUAGA